GUGCUAGUAAGGUAUGGAGGUGUGUUAGUUAGGUAUUGAGGUGUGUUAGUAAGGUUUCGAGGUACACAUCUUAACUGUGCCGCCACAUAAUGUUGAUUGCUAUUAGGAUAUCGAAAACCCUUAUUGAAAAGAGAUAAACGAAAAUGCGUAUUUAUAUUUAAAGCCAUGUUAACAAUCAUGCCAAUAUUUAUGAUAUGAUACUAAACAAUGUUCAACAAUUACGUUCAUGUAUAUGUAUAUUGUUUGCAGACUCCAAGAAUUCCUCCGAAAGUACGUGAGCAAGGACGCCGUUGAAAUAAUAUCCAAUGUACUCAAAUAUUCGUUACACAAUGUAACCGCCGCAUCAGAAUUACCAUUUACACCAGACAAUGAGACUUUACCUGUAUACGACAUGUUAACGAUAUCAGGAGGCAUGCAACGACUGCCAGAACAGUUAGUGAAGAAAUUCCUGUCUGUCAGCAUCAAACACAGUCUCCAUACGAAUCACCAGCUGGUCAGUAUCGCCAGACAGCCUAGAGGUAGCUAUACACUGAGACUCCUUAGGACUGUCACGCUGGACGGGACAACAAGUCCCACUGACGAGUCUAUAACGGUGUGUAGUCGCCGGGUAGUACUGGCCAUUCCAACACCAGCCUUGCUUAAGGUCAACUGGGAGGUGUUACAAAGGCCACAUAUUCGUUCACAAUUGGAAGCUGUGAACUAUCAUAUUGCUGUGAAAUUGUAUUUGGUGUACGAUUUCCCUUGGUGGAAAAAAUACCUCUGUAACGUCCAUUCAUACUCUGGGAGUUUUAAUUCACAUAAUUAUAUCAGGUCAACGACUGGAAUCUCUAGUUACUGUGAUGGUAGAUAUCAGGGAGGGGAUGGUCCUGCACUAUUUUCAGACCUUCCCCUGGAUAUGACGCUUGAUUUCGGCGUUUCCAUCAAGACUGGUAAGGCUGUGUUGUUGGCUGCAUUUUCAAUACAUGAUAUCUGGACAGAUUUACAGAAACUCGGAGAACCACUAACACAGGGCUACCAUAGCGUGUCGACGGAAGUAGUCCGCCACGCCCAUAUAUACCUGUCAAAGCUGUACAAUCUGUCAGUACACGAGAUUCCCACUCCAACGGAUGGGGUAAUAUUUAACUGGGACGAAUCCCCAUAUGUUAGCCCAUUUCAUUUCGUGAAAGCAGGCGUAGAUUGGAAAGCAGUUUGGAACACCAUUAGUAAGCUAUCGGAGACUGAUGACGUCAUUAUAACUUCCGGGUCCUACUCGAAACACAUGUCUGACACGUGGUCCGAAUACUGUCUAGAAUCGAUUGAUGAAAUGCUUAAUAGUAAGUUUUGAUUGAAACAACAUCAAAUUAUUCCUAUAUAUUAUAUUGAUAUUGCAAUAAAAAAGUCAUGCCUCAUUAAAAGAUGAAAAAUGUAUAGAUCAUCUGUUGCCUGUUGUUGGAUCCCUUGUUUUAAUACAAUGACUGUGUCGCGAUGCUAAAAUGACCUUGACUUAUUUGUUUGGAAAGAUUGCGAGUGGUGGGCUCAAUUGUGACGAUCUCUUCAUCAUGUCCUUUCUAUUGUAUAGAGAUGAAGUGUUACAACUGAUAGGGAAUAUUAAAUUAUGGUGACAGUAUAAGGUACUAUGAUGACAGUA